AUGGAAUCGGCCCCGUCUGCACAAAAUGGCCAGGAUCUCCAGGAAAAUCUGAAAAAUGACCUUCCAAUGAGUAAUGGGAGCGAAAAGUCUCUACAGGAAGUGUCCAAUACCGCGCUGCCGUCACCUGGUGUCACUGAUCUAAGUACCCAGGCUGGAGACCUCACAAUCGCAGCGUCUGCAACCAGUACAACCCUAGAUCCAAAGGAAGCGCUCAAAUUGGAGUUGCAGAAUGAGCGUAUCGCGCAACGGGAGCGCGCAAAGCAAGAGAGGCUACGUGCUAAAGAAGAGGAGAAACAGCUAAAACUCAAACAACGAGAGGCCGAAAAGCUCGAAAGAGAACGUAAGAAAGAAGAGGAACGUGUUGCUAAAGAGCUCAAAAAGCAACAGGAUGCAUUGGAGCGGGAACGGAAGAAACAGGAGGAGAAAGAACGCAAGGAACAAGAGAAGUUGUUGAAAAAGCAGUUGCAGGAGGAGGAGAGGCUCUUGAAACGAGAAGAAAAGAAGCGCAAACUAGAGGAGGAACACAAGAGAAAGGAAGACGAGAAGCGUCGCAAGGAAGAACGUUCGCAGAUGCGUAUUUCCAGUUUCUUCUCCACCAGUCUGUCCGCUAAACCUGCCGAUCCUGUAAAGAGCUCUCCUACCAAAAGUGAAGCUAAAUCUCGCUCUUAUGAGAAUGAUUUUCUACCCUUUUUCCAGAAAAGUAAUGUCAUAAUGGCAGAAAAUGGUUCCCUACGAGCUGACGAGCUUGAAUCACGCAAAGCCGCAUUUGACGUGGCUCUUAAAAGCGCGCCGGCGGAAACUUUAGACUGCUUGGGCAGCAUUACACUCGCCACUUCUCCCGGAGACUACACAACCACGCAGAAACUCGUUGAGGGCCUCAACUCCCCUAACUAUACGGAAGCUAUGGUUGUUCAACUUGUCAAUAGGCUUCCUCCUAUCAAAUACCUUCAGUUCUACGAAAACUCUAAACCUCCUUAUGUCGGAACCUGGUGUUCUGAAGACCACAUGAAGGUUAGCUUGACUCAUUUGAACCCUCUAGAUACGGAGCUUACAGGCUAUGACUACGGCUAUGACUCUGAUUUGGAUUGGCAAGAUGAGGGAGAAGGUGAGGACAUUGAUGAUAUGGACGAUGGCGAGGAUGAAGAAGAAGAUGGAGAUGAUGAUAUGGACGACUUUGUUGAGAACACAGAUUUACUCAAAAAGCGAGGGCUCGUGGGGCCUCCCCAACAGGCUAUUACUAUAUGGAACGGUGGCAAUACUGACAAUAAUGGAUUGUUUGACAGCAUGAAAUUCGAGAGUUUAGAUCUCGGAAUGGACUUUCCGAUUGACCCUUUUAAGAACUAUUGGAGCAUGCCAAAGACCACCUCUUCCAACGUUGAAGUAUCACUGGGUGCCAACAAACCCGGCGUGGUUGCGGCAAAGUCUUCAGUAGAGGCUCCAAAUGUUCUCACACCGCAAAAGCCGGUCAUCAAGGACCCCAAGGUCGUGGAGGACCUCAUAAAGUUCAUCGAGAAGAACAGUGAUUUCACGAUAGGCACGCUUACAGAGCUUGCAAAGAAGGAGUUUAGCACUUACACCAAGAGUAUCCUAAAAUACACCAUUCAAAGCGUGGCUGUUUAUAAUAAGAAGGAAAAUGGCUGGAAGAUCAAGGAAGUACAAGGAUGA